AAAUCCGCAAGAAGAAAUAGGGCCGGAGUGCACAUGUUUGAUAUGCUAGGUCACAAUAAAUAACGAUGCUCUAAUUAUUUUUAUAAGCGCGUUCAAGUGAAGAAAGUUGAAAGAGAGCAGAUCUCAUGAGGUGGUGAAUCAUGGCACAGAGGCAGAUUCUGUCUUUGCUGUUGCCCGUGAGGAGAUGUGGACUUCAGCCGGUGAUGUCCCGCUCUCACUGUCAGAACAUCAACACGAUCUCUCGGUUCUGCAGCUCCAGACAGAUGAACUCUGAACCUCCUCCAGUUCACCCAGAGAACGGAUCUCUUCUGGAGAAUCUCUCCAGCAUGGGCGUGGACCUGACCAUGGCCCGCCGACGCCAGCCGGGCGUUCUCCGUAAACUCCUCACCAACGAACAAGGUCUCGCCCACUUCCUGAAGAGCAAAGGUGCCGACCAGGAGACCAUCGCCAGCAUCAUCUCGCGUUUCCCACGAUCCAUCACCCGCUCCUGUCAGCACUUGGAGGAACGCUGGCAGCUGUGGAGGAACAUCUUCAAGAGCGACAGCGAGGUCGUUGGAAUUUUGUCACGCUCGCCCGAGUCGUUCUUCCGUUCUAGUGACAACGAAAACCUGGAGAAGAAUAUCGCUUUCUUGAGAUCUUUGGGAAUCACUCCUAAAGAUCUGCACCGGCUACUCACAACAGCACCACGGACGUUCUCCAACAGCGUCGAGCUCAACAGGAACAUGGUGGAACUCCUGCAGGGCAUUUGCUUGAAUUUGGGUGGAAAAGACCAAGAACACUUCGCCAGAACCAUCAUCUCCAGGAACCUGUACAUCCUCAUCCGCAGCACCAACCGAGUCAAAGCAAACGUCGACUUCCUGUUGAGCUCGUUGAGUUUGAGUAACACGGAGGCGCUUGUUUUACUGCAGAGCCACGGUGCUCAGAUUCUGGAUCUCUCGCACGAGAGUCUGAAGAGGAACUUUAAGAACCUGCAGUCGAAGCUUCAGUCUUUGGGCUGCAGCGAAGCACAUUUCAAAAAGAUGAUCUUGAAUUAUUCCCUCGUGCUGUUUAUCUCCUCCGAGCUGCUGAACGAGAAACUGGACACUCUCAUUGAUGCUGGCGUUCACAUACUGCAGAUCGUACAGAAGCCGAAGGUUCUUGAUUUCAGUCUCGUCAUCAUCAAACAGCGAUUGCAUGACCUCAACAGUCUGGGUUAUGACUUUCAGAAGAAUGGCAUUGCUGUUUUAGAUUCGAGUAAAAAACGCUUUCAUGCUAAAUUAGAGAGACUGGGCUCUCCAGAGGAGUAACACUGAUAUUGACUUGUCUGACUGUUGUUUAGAUGCACUUUCAAUGAUUCUAAAUGUUUGUUUUGUCUGCAAGAAAAUGUUGAAAAUAUUUAGCAAACACAGACUGUUCUGCUCAGCUUUAAAAUUGUUCACAUUACAGCUGUUUACUUAAGUUGGCCCUUCAAAACAAAACAAAAUAUUGUAAAAUGAUAUAUUUUGUAUGUAUUUUUAUUACGUUUAGACAUAAAAAAUUAUGUAUUGACCUGAACUGUUAUUGUUUCAUAUGAAUAAAAAACUGGACACAUAGAUAAGUCAGAUAAAUAUAAUGCAGGGGGUCUGUGUAUCUCAGCGAGUAUUGACGCUGACUAUCAUAUCUGGAGUCGUGAGUUUGAAUCCAGGGUGUGCUGAGUGACUCCAGCCAGGUCUCCUAAGCAACCAAAUUGACCCGGUUGCUAGGGAGGGUAGAGUCACAUGGGGUAACCUCCUCGUGGUCGCUAUAAUGUGGUUCAUGGAUACCACGGAGAAUAGCGUGAAGCCUCCACACGCGCUACGUCUCCGCGGUAACGCGCUCAACAAGCCACGUGAUAAGAUGCGCGGAUUGACGGUCUCAGACGCGGAGGCAACUGAGAUUCGUCCUCCGCCACCCGGAUUGAGGCGAGUCACUACGCCACCACGAGGACUUAGAGCGCAUUGGGAAUUCGGCAUUCCAAAUUGGGGAAUAAAUAAAUAAAUAAAUAAAUAUAAUGCACAGAUGAACUGUGUAUGCUAUGUGCUCAAGAACAUUAAAAAUCAUUGUAUUUUUUUAA